AUGGCCUCAAAGGUGCACCAAAGCAUAUCAGGCAGCAGGACACAAAUGGCCUUAGCAAAAAAUACUUUGGAGUCCCACAAAAGUAAUUUCCUUCAAACGGUUUUAUCAUCAGUUACCAUUCCCUUUGAUGUGACUUUAUUUAACCAAGAAGAAACGGUCAGGACUUCAGAUGUGAAAAAUACGCCAUUAGUAGAUGUCUCUGUAACAAGCAAUGAGGCAUUCUUAAGUGACGAUGAAUUUAUUAGCUCAUUUCCAAAGGCACAGUGGACUCCUCCACUGAAGUCUUUUGCAGUUUUAACAGAUCAUCACUCAGUUAGUACAGUAGAGCCACCAAGAGAAACAUUAGAAACUGUGUUGCUAACACCUUCGUUAUCUGCCCUUUUUUCACCAUAUGAUAUCUCAAAAACAGCACAGCAAAAGACUCCAUUGAGCGCUGUUCCUGAACACAGUAACGCUCUUACAGAGUUGAAGCCUUUUGUACCAGACAGUGAAAUACUAACUGCAAGCAGGGACUUGCCGUUGUACUCUCCAAAUACAGCUAUUUAUUUCACUUCCAUUCCUUCAGAGGCAGGAGUUGCAGCACGGGAAAACAUAAAUGCAAGUUUAACAGCUCUGUCUUUUGGGGCUGCUUCAGAAGGGUCACCUCUUCAUCUUACGUUGCUGGAUAAAAAUAGCCAUGUGACCCCAGAUGCCACAGCACAGACCGCAGACCCGUAUGGUGACAUUUACGCAUUUGAGAGUAGCAGGGCUGCAGAAACUCUCAGUCUAAGGACCUACCCCACUCCAAGCAUUCCCUGGGCCACGCUGGCUUCAGCAGCCAGUGCUGAGCCUGCUGUGUUUCCUGUUAGUCUUCCACUUGCGUCUUUUCUGCUUCACUCGGCUGCCAUUUCCACGGACUCUAAUAUGGUUCUUAAUGCCAGCCUGUUUACACAUGAAUUUUCCAGUACAACACCAGAUUUGCCUGCUGGUUCAGAAAUACCAAGUCGAUCAGAGCUUGUUAGUGAGCUCAUGAGUCCAGUGCCUUUGGUGAGAUCAUACAGUUCCUGUCUGUAUUGUGACUCAGUUUCACUUCUGCCAGAAGCAGGCUUUUCCCCAGAACAUGACGUGGGCUCAGGUGAUUAUGUUGAAACUUUGUCCAUCAAAGCCUCUGAAGUACAAGGCAUAACUCCCUUUACAACUAUAAUUACUGACAGUUAUGAAUUAGAGGAGCCUACCCCUGAGAUUUUUGAUACUUCUUUUCCAUCAAGACCAGUUGUUUUAUUUUCCUCAAGAUUCGCAGAAAUGCCCGAUUCACGUGUGUUUUUAUUAAGCACUGUGGACACUGACCUUAACAACAGAACACCUGUAACAAUUUCUCCUUCUUACGAUCAGCUCCCUGGAGGAACAUCACUGAACAUCUCUGUUGCCCAGUUUUCCCUUCCUGUUCUGGAAACAGUUUCAUUGACACCAAGCACUUGGGUAGAACUUCCUUAUGCUACCACCGUUAUGUUUGACUCUACCUUUAUCCUGAGUGAGCCGGUAGCAUCAUUUGUGGUCAGUCAUACGACUUUGCUGGAGUCGCCAGAAUUAAUGCCAUCAGAAUCUGUGUUUUUGCUUGACAAGACAUCUACAAGGGAAGAACCAUCUUUCAGUAUUUCAGAUUUUCCAUCCAGUCCUUUAUCAACACCAUUUCUUACUGAGCCUAGCUACUCGUCUUUAUCACCAGCGAUGCUAAAUUCUUACUCGGUCGUGCAAAGUGAUUUAUCAACACUCUUACCUCAGACCUUGUUCACUGACACAUCAGUACUUUCUGAGGAUGCUUCCAGCUGGGAGUUAGCUGCCACUGUCAGCUCUGCCACUGAUGCUGAGGUUUCUCAGUUCCCUCUCGGCCAAACACCAUACUUUUAUUCAAAUGCAUCCUCUGUUCCAGGUGCACAUGUUCCUGAAAUAACGCCAUCAUCAGAUUUUCACUCCGAGUCGUCUGUGUUUCUGGAAGUACCCUCAGUAUUGGCAGCAGGCUCUGAAGUGUUGUUUACCUCAGCUGUUACAGGAGCUACCUCUCAUUUGGAGCCUUCACUCUCCGCCUCUCACUCUGUGGUUCCUACCCUGGUGCUGCCUGUGUCCGACACCCAGUCUGUUACCAGUAGCGUCUUGCUCAAUGAAAGAAAUCUGAUCUCUUUGUUUACUACCUUUCCGGCAACUCCUGUCUUAAAUGUAUCUUCAUCUCUGCUCUCAACUGCUCUGGCUUCUGAUGAGGAUAUUGGUGCUACAGUUAACCCCACGCUGAUUUUAACAUCUCGCAGCGAGGGCAGUGCCCACACAGCCCUUCCUCCCGCAGACCCUGACAACCUGACGUCACGUGCUGACACCAGCAGUGUGAUGCCCUCUCCUACAGCAUCUCCGUCUGUGAUCACGUCCUUUGCUCCCACGCAAUUUCCUCCAACUUCUAGCCCUCCCGAUGGAUAUGAAGUGCCAGCAGGAAGCAGUGUAACUGCUGGUACUGAUGCAUCGGCUGCUCCCACCACUGUCCCCACGACCACUGCUGCCAGUGCAAUGGGCAGCCGCGGCACAACUGCUGCAGGCAGCCUGGGGACAUUCUUCUCUACCCCUCUGGCGACCACUACUCCGUCUGAACCUGUCAUCAUAACCUCUGCCGUGACCACUACUAGGCAACCCUACGUCUGCGACAUUACGGUUCCUGAUGCUUACUUAGUCACUGCGGUGCUGGCCCGAAGAGCUGUUCUACAAAAUGUCAGUGAAUCCAUCAGAGAAGUGCUCAGAAUUCAGUUCAGGCGAUCAGUAGAGCUAGAGGUUUAUAAAAUUUCCCCCAAAUUUGCUUUCUUGGUGACAUCAGGUCCUUUUGUUUACACGGCCGUAGCUGUUAUAAAUGUGCUUGUGAACAGCAGUCUUCUUCGUGGUGAGGCCCCCGUGAUCCUCUCACUGCAUCCGUCUUUCACUGUGCCAGAUAACAGAUUCCAAGUUCAGACAGUGCUUCAGUUUGUGCCUCGGAAUGUGGAUGUGGGGUUCUGCAACUUUAGCCAGCGCAUUGAGAAAGGACUGACAAUGGCCUUCUUGGAGGUCAGCAAACACCAGCCAUUCUACAACUUCACUGUGCAGAUACUGAAUAUAACUCUGAGUAGGCCUGGGACAACGUUUCGGCAAGGCCCUGUGAGCAUUGUUUUUGCCAUCCGAGAUAGAUAUGGUUUUCUAAAUGGGUCCGAAGUCAGUGAGCAGCUAAGAAAUUUGUCUGUGGUGGAAUUCAGCUUCUACCUGGGCUUUCCUGUGCAGCAAAUUGCUGAACCCUUUCAUUAUCCUAGGCUUAAUGUGUCUCAGUUGAUGAAAUCUUCCUGGGUGAGAACAGUUCUCUUGGGUGUCGUCGACCGGCGAAUUCAGGAGGAAGUGUUUCAGGCUGAGAUGGAGCGGAAACUAGCUCACCUGCUAAACGAGGCUUUGGUCAGAGGGCGGAUAUGGAGACGAGCCAGUUUUGCAGGCAGCAACAUUGUGCAGAUUGUGAACGUGUCGCGAUUAGUUGGUGUUGAUAACCCUGUGGAGCUGAUCUAUUUUGUGGAGGACCAAGAUGGAGAGAGACUCAGUGCUCUGAAGUGCUCAGACCUGAUGAACAGAGUUGAUAUCCAGCGGGCUGCCAUCAUCCUUGGAUACCGCAUUGAAGGCACUGUUGCACAGCCUGUGGAGAAGCUGAAGGAGUCCACCUCAGAGUCACAGAAUAGCAACCUAUGGAUUAUUGUUGGUGUAGCAGUUCCAGUUGCUGUGGUGCUCCUGAUCGUUAUUAUUUUAUACUGGAAACUUUGUCGGACAGACAAAUUGGAAUUUCAGCCAGACACGAUGAGCAACAUUCAGCAGCGACAAAAGCUACAAGCACCCAGUGUGAAAGGCUUUGAUUUUGCUAAGCAGCAUCUGGGCCAGCACAAUAAAGAUGAUGUUCUGAUUAUCCAUGAGCCAGCUCCUUUACCAGGACCUAUUAAGGAUACUACCCCAUCUGAAAAUGGAGAUGUGCCCAGCCCCAAAUCCAAGACCUCCUCAAAGCCUUCAAAGACUGUUCGACACAGAGGGAGAGUUUCGCCAUCAGAUGCUGACUCCACAGCAAGUGAACAAUCCAGCGGGAGAGAGACAGGAGAAGAAACUUCAAGACCAUCAGCUGUUGCAAAUGAGGGCAAACCUCGAAGAGCAGUGAAGAAAGGACCUCCUCAGACCAGCAGUGGAAAUGAGCAGCACUCCUCAGCCUCUAUCUUUGAACAUGUGGAUAGGAUGUCACGUUCCUCAGAUGCCAGCAGACGAGUCCCAAGCAAGAUCCAGCUGAUUGCUAUGCAACCGAUGGCAGCACCUCCAGUUCAGAACUCGGUACUUUCUGACCGAGUAGCAGAGACCAACAAAAUUAAUAAAGAGAUACAAACAGCCCUGAGGCAUAAAUCUGAGAUCGAGCAUCACCGCAACAAGAUUCGUCUUCGUGCUAAGCGCAAAGGGCACUACGAGUUUCCAGUGGUGGAUGAUGUGGUGGUAGUUGACUCCAAAGAACAGCACAGAAUAUAUCGCAAGGCACAGAUGCAGAUUGACAAGAUCUUGGACCCUGGAGGAGGCAGUGUACCUACUGUCUUCAUAGAGCCCAGGAAGAGUUCUCGUGCAAAACGUUCUCCCAAGCAGCGCCGGCGACAUCAGAUAAAUGGUAGUCCGAUUGAUGCAGAAAAGGACAGGUUGAUCACAACGGACAGUGAUGGGACGUACAAAAGGCCUCCAGGAGUCAAUAAUUCUGCAUAUAUUUCUGAUCCGGACUUGCCUCCUGAACCUCAGACAUCAUCUUCAGCUGAUGUGGGGAAGUUCCCCGGCUUGCCUUCCCACCCAGUCUCCCAGUACGUCCCACCACAGCCAUCCAUUGAAGAGGCUCGGCAAACCAUGCACUCGCUGCUGGAUGAUGCUUUUGCACUGGUGGCUCCCAGCAGCCAAGCAGCCAAUUCCACAGCUGUCGCACCACCUGGGGUCUCUGCAGGACAGCCGAGAUACGUGGAAUUUGGAAUGACUCUGCCUACAGCACCAGGUCUCCUACCAAGGCAGAACUUUGGGCCGGGUAUUCUUCAACCUGCAGAGUUAAUGCACCCAGACCAACAGCCACCUGAGGUUCAGUAUUCCUCCAGAGGGAUGUACUCAGAGGAAAUGCCAUCAGUGGCACGGCCACGACCAGUUGGAAGUACUGCAGGUUCUCAGAUACAGCACCUCACUCAGGUGGGAAUUGCUAGCAGGAUCGGAGGUCAACAAGUGGAGAUCCCCUCAGGCAGAGCAGGGCAUGGCCAGCCGGGGGGGCCAGGGUGGCCCCAGUACCAUGGAGAGGAUGAAUAUGCUAGGCGAGAUGCAACGCGUAUGCAUGGACACCAAGAAUAUUCCUCCUCACCAGUAUUCCAGAUGCCGAGGACUUCAGCCAGGCAGCCUUCGGCACCCCCUGCUCAGCUUCCACACAACAGCCUUCAGGGCCAGGGCCUUUGCUACACCACCAGUUCCACUGAGGACCUCCAGCCAGGUCACUCUUCAGCCUCUCUUAUCAAAGCAAUUAGAGAAGAACUUCUACGACUUUCUCAGAAACAGACAACAGUGCAGAACUUCCAUAGUUGAUUUAGCAUUCCCUUGCAAAUCUGCCAGGUAUCUGCUUCCUAUGGAAGCAAAGACUUAAUGGACAUUAGCAAUGUUGUUGUCUCAAAAGAAUGAACUUUCACAGCUCUGUUGACAACACUCUGGAAAAAAUGAAAAAAGUCAGCAAAAUGAGGAUAGUAAGGAGAGAUGAGGGACAAACAGGGAAAAUCAUCAGUGUCAUCACAAGUAAUAUUAAUUAAUCUGCUAAUAUUACGGAGCUCCUCCUCUCUCUCAACCCUCAUUCAGCCUAACAGUUAAAUAAAAUCUUAGGUUAAGAAGUCAACACUCCAGCAACAAGAAGAA